UUCAACCAAAAGGUCAUAGUGAAGAGACCGCGACGUUUUGUAGUGACUGUCACUGUUUUACCGACGGGUUAGUGAUUGGUCUGUGGUUUUUUGUGAUAAGGACGUUUCGCAAAAGGUUUAGUUUUUGGUGUUUUAGAUGGCUGUGUCCACUUUGAAUAUGACCCCUUACUUUCCUGGAUAUCCUUUUCAAGGUCAAGGUCGCGUAAACCAGCUUGGAGGAGUCUUCAUCAAUGGUCGUCCAUUACCAAAUCACAUUCGUCUCAAGAUUGUUGAAAUGGCAGCUGCUGGAGUAAGACCCUGUGUAAUCUCACGACAGCUCAGGGUAUCCCACGGUUGCGUCUCAAAAAUCCUCAACAGAUACCAAGAAACCGGUAGCAUAAGACCUGGAGUGAUUGGAGGCUCCAAACCAAGAGUAGCUACUCAAGAGGUUGAGGCCAAAAUAGAGAAGUUGAAGAAGGAACAACCUGGCAUCUUCUCUUGGGAGAUUAGAGACAGGCUUAUCAAGGAGGGAGUCUGUGACAAAAACUCUGCACCUUCUGUCAGUUCCAUCAGCAGACUACUUCGAGGUGGUAGAAAAGAUGACUCUGAGAGGAAGAAUCACUCCAUAGAUGGUAUUUUAGGACCAACCUCAUCCUGCGACGAAAGCGACACAGAAUCCGAACCUGGCAUCCCCCUAAAACGCAAACAAAGAAGAUCCCGUACCACCUUCACAGGAGAACAACUGGAAGAACUGGAAAGAGCCUUCAGCAGAACCCAAUACCCCGACGUCUACGUCCGCGAGGAACUAGCCCAAAAAACCAAACUAACAGAGGCUCGCGUCCAAGUUUGGUUCUCAAACCGACGUGCCAGAUACCGUAAACAACUCAAUUCUCAACAGCUCAACUCCUUUAACGCCAUGUCCUUGCAAUCAGCCUUCCCAGUGCAACACCAGUACGCUGAUCACGGGUUCAACCAGUCGUGGAUGCAGCAGAGCUACGCCACUGCGGCCUUGCAAGGUUCCGCACUGGGGAGCUCAGCUCUGGCUGGAUCGGCGGCCGCGCUUCCUUCCUCUUUGGCUGCUAGUGCUUUGAACCACUCGAGCGCUGGGUCUAACAACAACAACUCGCCUACGCAUAACAACUUGUACAAUUCGUACAGUAAUUCGAGUUUGGAGCAGAAUUCGUCUUUGGUUGGUGCUAACCAGUUUGGCUACAGCAUGGGACAGGUGUCGCCCAACCAACCUAGUUUGUCACCGCAACAGAACACUGUUAGGAAUUGGUCGAAUAACAAGAUGGCGGAGAAUAUAUCCAGUUGGCAUGAGAAUUACAGUUUAUUUGCUGGAGGACAUUAUGGUGCACAUUCUCCCAGUGAAGCAAAAUCUGGUUAUCCCUAUUUCGGAGCCAUGGAAAUGUGUUCAAGCCGGGUGCAUUAAAAAAAAUUUUCGGGAAAAAAUUGCUUCUACUUUCAUCUUUGAAAAAAAUCACCCUGCUCUCUAGUUAACAUAGUUUGCAGAGCUUUUUUCGUUUCAGAAGAACGUAAUGUGUUCAAUAUUUGUAUUAAAUUGUACAAAUUCUUGUAAAUAAGCUACCCAGUGUUGAGAAAAAUCGAUAAUGUUAAUAGUACCAAUGUAGAUAAAUAUGUAAAUAAUAAUUUAUUUCGAAGUUACUGCAAAUUCCUUUCACCAAAAUCUCCGAGGGUCUAAUAGAUUAUUGUAUUCUGAUAUUCAAAUCUUCACCUUGUAUAAUGACUGUUAUUUACCUAUAGGAACAAUGUGAACCAUCAUUAACAAUGUAGAGUAUCUAUUUAUUUAAAGGUCCCUCGAAAUUAUCUUAGACAUUAAACAUAUCAUGAUAGAUAAUAUGAAAGCGCCAUCAUGAUGCCUUAGUGUGAAAACUGAUUUGCCUUAAUCUGAAUCUCUAUGUGAAUCGAAUUAUUGUAUAUAUUGAAAAUGUGGCCUGCUUAUAAAUAUUAUAGAUUAUAUUAUGAACAGACGUUAUAAAUUGUACAUAUUAUAUAAAUUAUAAUAA